UUGCUUCAGUCGCUACGAUGCCGGCAUAGGAGAGUGGUAAAACCGCGCAGUGCACAAGUCACCUCUCACGGAACUUUGGAAAUGCGCCCUUAAAUUUUCCAAAAAAAAAUCCCAGACAUUUAAAAAACCCGCCAAAAUGAACUUCUUACACAGCUUAAUUUUCUCCGCAAUAAUAAUAGCAGUGCAAAUUAGGACGAAAGUGUGGUGCUUCAACAUCGAAACCCGCAACCCCAUAGUGAAAAGAGCCUCCAAUGGGGGCAAAGAUACGUAUUUUGGAUACAGUGUGGCCCAACAUGCCGUGACUGAGGGCAGCCAAAAUCCGAACGACUACUGGAUUUUGGUGGGAGCUCCGCUGGGGAAAAACAACCAACCCGGGACCAAUCGUUCUGGCGCGCUUUUCAAAUGCCCGAUAACCUCGAAACAGAGGGAUUGUACCCAAAUCGACACCGACGGCAAAAGAUCGGCCGGAGGGAGGUAUAAUUUUGACGACGGUUUUGAUUACGAAGACACUCCAACACUUAGAGAACCCAACGACUUAGACCCACCAGGACACGACGAAAUCAAAGAAAACCAAUGGCUGGGGGUCACCGUCAAGUCCCAGAAGCCGGGCGGAAAGGUGGUGGUUUGCGCCCAUCGCUACAUCCAGAGCGCCAAUUUGACCUUGUACCAUUACGGAAUGGGUUUGUGCUACGUAUUGAACAAGACUCUAGAGGCUGAGGGUGUUCUAGAACCGUGCAAGGGGCGACCGACCGAAAAGUUGCAUCAACAGUAUGGUUUCUGUCAGGUCGGGACGAGUUUGGCUUUUCUCAACGACGGGUUUACCUUAAUGGGGGCGCCGGGACCGUACACGUGGCGAGGCACGUUUUUCGCUAAGGACGUAGUGGGGAGCUUUUUGCAGAGAGAUAAUACGGUGUAUAGGGGGCCCCUUAAUGAUAACCCGACUCCGAUAAAUAAGUAUAGUUACUUAGGAAUGAGCGUCACAGGGGGGCACUUUUUUGACAGAACUAUUAUCACGUAUGUGUCCGGAGCCCCUCGAUCGAACCUAACGGGUCAAGUAUUUUUCUUCAAUAAAACGGCAUCGGUUGAGGAGCUUACUAUCACGUUGAAUAUCAGUGGCACCCAGUUUGGGUCCAGUUUUGGGUAUGAAAUUUUAGCCGUGGAUAUAAAUCAAGACGGCUAUGAUGAGCUUCUAGUGGCAGCUCCAUUUUACUACGAAAGCGAAAACAAAAUAGGUGGCGCUGUGUACUACUAUUCCGACUUAAGACGGUGUAACAUUUACGACGGUUGUAAAUAUAAGGCCAAAUAUACUGGUAAAGAAGAAUCCAGAUUUGGGUUCUCCAUGACCUCUCUAGGUGAUAUAAAUAAGGACGGUUUUGUGGACGUCGCAAUUGGUGCUCCAUACGAAGAGGGGGGUGGUGCUGUUUAUAUCUAUUUAGGACAAAAAGGCGGUUUAAGCCCAGAACCGUCGCAGAUAAUUAAGCAUCGAGGUCAUAAGACUAUAGGGUAUUCAAUGAGUGGGGGACUGGACAUGGAUUUGAAUGAAUACCCCGAUUUGCUCAUAGGAGCAUACGAAUCCGACGAAGUCAUUUUGUAUAAGACUAGACCCAUUAUUGAUAUUUCUAUUACUGUAGACGGAAAAGAACUGAACAAUAUAAACGCGUCGAAAAAGGGCUGCCAGUUUAAUCAAACCACAGACAAAACUUGCUUCUCGUUCAAGACGUGCUUCACUUUGAGCAAAUUCAAGUCGUCUCAACCCGUAGAAAUCAAAUAUGAAAUAAAAGAAGCCACAAAGAAGAGUCAGAGAGUUACGUUCCAAAAUGACUUAAAAUACGUAAACGUCACACCGUCCUCUGAAGCAAACUGUAUAGAUGAGGUGGCUUAUCUUGUCGAAAGCAACGGCGACAUUUUGACACCAAUAUUGUUACAAGUCAACUAUAACAUUCAACAAGACAAGCCAGAUUCUCCAAUUCUGAAUAAAACUUCAGUCAAAACGUUCCAGGCCACAUUUCAGAAGAACUGCGGCGACGACGACGUGUGCUACAGCAACUUGACACUGUACGCUGGAACUCGCCUGCCGAUGUCCGAGGAUGGCUAUAUUCUGGACAUGGGUAAGAACAAAGAAUUUGUGUUAGACGCCAAUAUCAUAAAUUCCGACGAGGCUGCAUACGAGGCUAAAUUAUUCGUGAGGCAUCCAGAGGGACUCAGUUAUGUCGCUCUACAAACUGAGAAGAAUAAAGCGAGUGGUAUUGUCUGUACGGCAAACAACGAAUCGACGCUGGUCACUUGCAACCUCGGCAACCCCUUCCAAGGAGACAAAAGCGCGAACCUGAGCCUCCGCUUUGAAAUCGCAAACACCAAGCAACAAAAACUCGACUUGCAAGUUUUCGUGAAUUCGACUUCGACGGAGAGGUCGACGCAAACGUCGCAAAAUUUGACGGUGAUUUUGCAGAAGAUCGCGUCCUACUUGAUAAAAGGGGAAAGUAGGCCUCCGAAUAUUAUCUACUCGGGUGAUGUGAAGGGUCAAAGUGCUAUGAAAUACCUGGAAGAUAUUGGUCCCCGAGUUAUCCACAGCUACGAUGUCAUCAAUCAAGGUGACUGGAAUAUCCGAAAUUUGAGGGUGGAAAUCCAGUGGCCGUACCAAGUUUACACUGACCGUGAAGAAGGGGGGAAGUGGCUGCUCUACUUAGAAAAAGAACCGAGUAUUGAUUUCAAUACAACGAACCACUGCUCGGUCGAACCGGCGAGUAUUGUGAAUAAGUUGAAAUUGAAAGCGUUGGGAAUUGAAGAAGAAUCGAAUUUGGAAGAAACGCAGAAAGUGGUGGAGCCGCCUACGAAUGUGAGGAGGAAAAGAGACGUGGAAGAGACUGUUAGGGCGGAAACUAUGGGACCAGAGAAGCGACAAGUUGUUCCUAUGGACUGUAUCAGGAAAACUGCGCUUUGUGCCAAAAUAACGUGCACAAUACCUCAACUGAACGAAAAUAGUCAAAUUAAAAUUAAUAUAUUUGCAAGAGUGUGGAAUUCGACACUGAUUGAAGACUAUCGGCAGAUAGACUGGGUUAGCAUAAAUUCCGUAGCCGAGAUCAUAAUCGACGACCCAAGUAUUAUUAUAAACAGAAACAAUUCAGUGGGGAUCACUUCAAUUGAGACACGAGGCUACCCGUCCGUGGUUUUGGCCGACACCGGGGUGAACAUCUGGAUAAUAAUCGGAUCAGUGAUCGCCGGCUUAUUGUUACUAAUUAUAGUAAUAAUAAUCCUGUACAAGUGUGGCUUUUUCAAACGAAACCGCGUCAACGACCAAACCCUGUCUGCCAACCUGAUGAAACAAGGCGAAAACGAAACCCUGCUAACAGACGCUGACGCAAAACAGACGAAAAAAUAAAAUGUGAUAUCGCAACGUGUGAACGCGGGUCGUAUCUGUUGCCUUGAACUAAGUGACGUAAAUAUGCUGCCAAACCUCGAAUUGAACUGUUCGAUUGUUAACUUAGUUGUUGAUAUGUACUUAAGUAGCUAAAAGCGGAACCCGGAGCUGUAGGGUUCGCUCGAAUUUGAUGUGUGAUGUCUAAACUUCCAAAAACUUACUAGAUUUACAUUUAAGACCUUUUGUACAUAAAUAUUUAAAUUUUAUCGAUAGUUGUAGUUGUGUGUUCGGUAAUUAUUUACGAGUAUUUUUUAAUAAAGCUGUUUGAAAAAGUUGGGGAUUUUGUUUAUUUUUGGUUGACUGUGAAGUCACAGAAUAUCAUACAGUAAUGACAGCUUUUGAAAGCCCCAUAAGAAAUACACGUAACGGACCAGGGGUGCUAUUCUUGACUUUAUGCGUUAAAUAGCGCAUACGUUAUUUAGCGAUUAAAAUAUAGCGAACACUUUACAAAAAAUCUAUUCUGGAGAAUAUUCGUUACGCCGUAACGAACAUUCGCUGUUUAGCGCAGAGCAAACAUUGACAACAUUGUAAAAAUAUUUAAAUUUUACCCGUGUCCUAGGAACCACAAGAGGUGACACAUAAGAGUGACAAUUCAAUUUUUUUUAAUUAUUCGUAUCCUGUUUAAUAAAUGGAUAAGCAGAACAAUAAAAGAGGAGCAAAAUGCUCCGAAAAACAACAUACAUAUACCGUAUAAUUCAUAUACUUGAAACUUAAAAAAUUUGCAUUUUGAUGAUAAUAAUUGAUAACAUACCCUUGCCUAAGUCUAUUUAGAUCUUCAAAAUUAUUAGGAAAUUUUAUAUAGCCAUUAAAUAUUUGAGGAUCAUUUAAGGCACUGGCUACUUCGUUUACACACCGACUAACACUGGGCUGCGACACAGCUAAGUAUUUAUUGGUACCUAUAUCCAGCUGCUUCCACUUGCAAAAAAUCUUAAUGCAGUUAAGACCUAGGAAAUUUUUUAUAAAAGAUAUAAGUUUUAGCAUUUGAUAAUAAAGAAAUAUAUUUACCUUUGUUUGAAUACUUAAAUCGGCAGCGCGUAAGGGAGGUGUAAGAAAAGGUUGCAAAAUGUUAAUUAAAUUAAAAAUUGAGUUAAUUGUUUUGUUAAUCGAAACAUGUUAUUAAAUUGCCUCUCAUUAAGCUCCGCAAAAGGAUUUCUGGGAUUUCUGCGUAGCCUUUUGCCAUGCUCAACUUGUCCCUCUAAAUUUUGUAGGUGUUCAAUUUUUAAAAUUUGCACUAACUCGUCCAUUUUAAAUAUUUGUGUUGUAUGCCUUUUUCGUAUUGAAUCUGUAAGCGAAGUUGACAAGCACAGAAUACUAUUUGAUCCGUCACUUCAAUACCUAUUCGAUGCUUAAAGACUAAAAAUCUUCGCAAAAUAACGUAUGCGAUUUAUAACGAACGGUCAAGAAUACAGUGUUUAGUAUUCGUCGCUAAACAACGUAUACGUUACGAUAACGAAGGCUCGAGAAUAGCAUCCCAGAACAACAAUAAUCGACCGUUGGGUAAGGACAUGACCUUGAAUUUUGGCUUGAAACUGUAGUGGCAAACCUUGUUACUAAAUAAAAUUUACCACCAUGUCAACAUUGUGCGUCAAAUUUGACAUUUUAGGUGUUUGGCAUUUAAUAUUGUAACUGUGAUUUAUUAUUUUUACUGAAUAGAAAAUGCGCGUUCGAACAAAUAAAUAGAAUAAAUAAUCUUGUGGAAACUGUACACAAGGCACAGGGGUGCCGUAUGCUGGUCUGGACACAGUUACGAGGACUGCUUUUAUAUAUCGGCCACAUGAAGGGCUGCAACAUAAAAGGUGAAUGCUUCAUGUAGCAUCUUAAGCCCGCCACUCACGUUUCAACGCCGCAGAACAAUUGUGUUGGAUAUGACCAAAUUGAAGUGUUUUUAAACGUCUGUGUAUGAGAUCAAGCAAAUCGGUUGGAUGUGGACGGUCGGUGAACAAGUCUGUCUGCAGCAGUACAAUCGUUUUGAAUUGGAUGGAAAUUUGAUCAUGUGUGGACAUGACUCGACAGUGUAUGUUAUUCAAACCGUGAGAGCAGCUAUAAAAGUACAUUUUCGUCAUUUUGUCGGACAUGUUGUCAUCACGAUCGCAAAUUUUUAACUGCAAGGUCGUAACGUGUGUGUACUGCUGCUUUUUAACAGAAUUGUACAACAGUUGCAUCCACUACAAUCGUACUGGGACGUUGGAACGUGAAUGGCCAGCUUUAGGAUUACCAAAAUGCUGGAUCAUCAUCAAAGGCGUUGAAGUGACAGAGAAGUUUAUCAUAUAUGAUGACAUUACAUGCAACGGCAAAAUAACUACAUGUUUCACAGAUUCCAAGGGAAAUUUAAAGAAGCCCCUGAAGCAGAUUUUUUCAUUGUGCCUGCAAUCACGAGGUGGUCUACCACUGUAGUCCAUGUUACUAUGAAAAGGUUCUCAGAAUCACUUCACUAAUUUAACUUACAACAAAAAUUCAACCAAAAACAUCAAAAUACUUUUCCCAAGGAAGAUGAAAACAACAGCGUUCACUUUCUGACUCUUCAAACGGUUCACACUUGGCGAAAAUUGAAGGCAUUGACAAAAUAGGUAGUUGAUAUGUUUAUGUUGAAAUUAACUCGGUAAAGUGAUAGACUUUUAUUUAUGAAUAAAAUAAAUAUAAGCACAA